ACCUUGUGCUGAGGAAUGGAGAAUGGUGAUGCUGGCAUGAACAAUAGAGAAGAAUGCCAAAUGGGAGGAAUUUGAUGUACCGUACCUGUGGGCAGAGGACUCCCCUGGUUUUGCAAGACAUCAUCCACUAUCUCCCAGCUGCCUGUACCGAAGAAUAGGAAAGAGUUAAGAGGAUUUUUAGUUGCUGCUGGCUUCUGCCGAAUAUGGAUCCUUACUUUAGUUUAAUAGCAAAAUUCUUAUAUGAGGCCACAAAGGGAGGACAUAAAGAACCAUUAUGAUAGGAAAAGCAGGAAAAUAACAGCUUCACCACUCUCAAGGAGGCUCUAAUGUGCACCCCUAGUUUAGAUCUAUUGGACUUGGAAAAGCCAUUUCAACUGUUUGUAGAUACAAAACAAAAUGUGGCAAUCAGGGUUCUCACUCAGAAAGUUGGGACCUGGCAUCAUCUGGUCGUUUAUCUAUCUAAACAGUUUAAUAACAUAGCCAAGGGUUGGCCGGCUUGCCUUAAAGCAAUUGCUGGAACAGCGUUGUUAACACAGGAAGCUAAUAAAUUAACUUUUGGGCAGAAAUUAGAUAUCCACAUGCCACAUGCCCUCAAAGCUGUUUUGGAAGCAAAAGGACAUUUGUGGCUGACCAACCCACACAUGUUAAAGUAUCAAGCCCUGAUAACUCAUAACCCAGUGAUUACUUUAAUACAAUCAAACGCUCUAAAUCCAGCCACGUUGCUGCCUGAACCAGACUUAGAAACCACACAUAGUUGCAUACAAACCAUAGAAGAGACUUAUGCUAGCCGCCCGGAUAUGAAUGACGUUCCCUUCCCUAAUCCAGAUUUUACAAUAUAUACAGAUGGAACUAGUUUUAUACAAGAAGGAACUCGGAAGGCAGGAUAUGCUGUGGUGACUUUGGAGGAGGUCUGGGAAGCUGAGCCCCUUCCCACCGGCACAAGUGCUCAGCUGGCUGAAUUGCAUGCAUUAACUAGAGCUCUGGAGCUGGCAAAAGGAAAACGCAUUAACAUUUAUACAGAUUCUAAGUACGCGUUCCUGACAGUGCAAGUCCAUGGAGCAUUAUACAAAGAAAGAGGUCUAAUAACAUCAGGGGAAAGGAUGUUAAGAAUGGAUCACAGAUAUUGCGUCUGCUGGAUAGCAUGUGGAAAUCCAGCAAAGUAGCUAUAAUGCACUGUAAAGGGCAUCAGAAGGGAGAUAUUCAGCUGGGAAAUAAUAAAGCAGACUGGGAAGCUUGUAUUGCAGCACAAAAGGCACUUGCAGUGCAGACAAACUGCCUAGCUUUAUGGGUCCCCCAAGAGCAAGUUAAACCAAACUAUUCCCUGGAAGACUUAAAGCAAAUUGAGGUGCUUGAAGCACGCCAGGAAGAUGGCUGGUGGAUCCUACCAGACCAGCGAGUCUUUAUCCCAGGAUAUAUGGCAUGGGAUGCAAUGCAACAGGUCCAUAGGCAACUGCACUUGGGAAAGACGGCGUUGGCAGAUGCCCUGAAGCGAGAGGUCUAUAUUGACAAAAUACACAGCAUUGCAGCAAAUGUUUGUGCUAGAUGUGAGAUUUGUGCAGUCAAUAACCCAAGGCAAGGACCCUAACUGCCCCAGGGACACCAACCCAGGGGAAAUUACCCCUUUGAUUCUCUGAUGAUUGACUUUACUGACAUGCCACGUUCAGGUCCCUAUAGAGCAAUGCUAGUCAUAGUACAUAUACUGGAUAGCUGGAGUGCAUCCCUAUAAGGACAAAAAAGGCAACUGAGGUCGCAAAAGCCUUACUUCACAUUAUUAUUCCCAGGUAUGGGUUGCCAUCUAGAAUUUCUUCAGACAAUGGUCCUGAAUUUAUCCAUAGAGCCACCCAAAAGAUAGCAGCUAUGCUAGGAAUAACAUGGAAGCUUCACUGUAGUUUCCAUGCUCAAUCGGGAGGAAGGGUGGAGAAAGUGAUUAGAACCAUUAAAGAAAACUUGGCAAAAAUAUGUCAGGAAACCCAGCUUAAGUGGCCAGAUGCUUUAAACCUGGCCCUGGUUGCAAUACGGUGUGCCCCACAAAGAGAGUUACUUGUGUCACCAUUUGAGUUAUUAUAUGGCAGAGUCUCUAAUCUACUCAGGCCAAUUGUCCAGAACACUGGACCGGUGGACCGGUGGCAGAUACUGUCAAAUACUGCAAGCCCUCAAUACAGUAGUACAGAGGCUACAACAAUAUGUCUUGACCUAAAGGCCUCACGUCCUGGUCACACAUACA